CUUGUGCUGAAAAUGUUUUUAUCAGCUCCAUUGUUGUUAUACUAGGAUCACCGAGCUUCUUGAUGUACUGCUCAUGGCAUUUUCGGAUUGCUUGAAGGAAGCCUUGCAUCUUCAAAUCCUCGAAGUUUGUCGGAGUACCUUGUGCGGAGAAACGAUGCUCAAAUUUGGAACUUGCAGAAGAUUGAAGAAGAGGAUUUAGUCUCUUAAAAUGCAACAGAAGGGCAUAAUUCAUACAUUUUUUAUAAUUGUCCUAAACUUCCCAUAAGGAUUCAGGAACCAGUUUGAUCAAAAACUAGAAGAAAGAAUCACUUCUAAGUCCAAGACAAGAAGUAAGAUCAUAGCCAUGAGUUCAGAAGGAAGCUUGAUUCAACAAAAAGGUAAUGAAACAAGAAUGUGAAUCACACAAGAAAACUACACAACACAAGUUUAUUACAUACCAAAACACAUAGAGCCAUCCUUUUCUUUUCUUCCAUCAUUGUUCUCAAAUAUUUAUGGCGAAUCAUCGACUGCGAAUGCCGCUGUUUCCCUUCCGGUUUUGGUCUUCAGCAGCCACAUCGGCGGCAUCCCAAAAUGCCGACGAAUCUCACACUACCAUUGCCAAAGGCCCCUCCCGAUUUCCAUCCAUGGAAAUCUCUAUCGGAAACCAUCCCUCGUUCAUCCUCCCACCUCCAAUAGAACAUCGAGUGCCUGACAAACCGGUUUCUACAGCUCACUCCCCAAAAAGGUCAAUUUCAGGCAAUGUGCAAAUCGACAUAUCGUCCUCUCAUCGGACACGCGAAUCUCGAUCACCUUCUCAGCCCCUAUCUCCAUCUCAAAUGGCUUCUAACACACCACAAAUGGCCUCACAACCUAAGACCCCGUCGCAGAUAACUCCUGGCUCUCCUACGCAAACAUCCAAUGACUCCCCGAAGAGUACGCCUGCGCCGGAGACUUCUCCACGAAAGGAACAGAGAAUCUCAAGUCAAGAAUCUCGGGUGAAGCCCGACACUAAAAAUGAUGGUAAUAAUUCCAUCAAAGCUCAAGCUACCGAUGAGCCUAACAAAUCCGAUUCGAUGGAAGCCAUGCUUACUAAUGCUGAAGAUCCUGUUCAAGGAGAACAUAAAUCUCAAAUUGGAUCAGAAGAGAAGCCUGAUGAUGAAGUUAAGCAAGAACUGCAAGAGAAGAUUUCUGAAGCUGAUGAAGAAGAAGCCCACAAGCCUUUCGAUCUUCCCAAAUCAUUCGAUGGAGCGCAGAUGGAUGAGACGUCGAAAAUUUUGAAAUCAGAUACAGAAGAAAGAAGUGCAGUUUCUGAUGCUCAGAAGAAAGCUACCCUUCCUGCAGGAGGAGAUCACUCCCCCCUGCAAAAUGGCAUCAAGAAUUUCAUCUCAAAAUUCAUCGAAAAAAUGACGGUUGCAGAUCCCAAAGAGCCUGUUUACAACAAACAUGGAAGUGUGAUGAUAAACCUUGUAGGAAAAAACAAAGGGGCAUCGAUGGAAAUAGGGUCUGAUUCAUCAGAAACAGAAGCUCCAUUUUUCUCUGAUGAAAUUGAUGAUGCAGCCAUCGAUAGGGAUGGAAAUUCUGCGGAGAAAAGGACAGGCGACGAUGCGAAGGCUACAGAAGAUCAACCUGAGACAUAUGUGAACAAUAAUGCACAGGGAAUCAAUAACUCUGUUGUGUUUGAUGUUUCCAUCACUGAAAGGAAUCCAGGAGUUCGCAUGUCCGGAUUCAUUCAUGUUCCGGAAUGAAGAAUAAACAGAAUCACAUAGAUGCUCUUGUCAUGGUACUGUAAGAACCAAAUCUAUAUGUAUCUGUAUAUAAACAUUGCAUCUUAUUAAUAGAACUUAACUUUCUCAAGA